AUGCGUGAGCAGGGGUGUUGCGGGGUUGAUUUGGGGGAGGUUAACAGGGGAAACAAUGGGCUGAGUUUAGAGUCAGGCAGAGAAUCUACAUCCCCAAAACGUUCUAGAAGUAGAUCUGGAUUUAACUCGGAACCAUCUGUCCAAGGACCUUCAUACGCACAUGGACUACGAAGACAAUCACCAGAACACAUAAGUCCAUUGGGAAAAGAAGGAGAAGCAGGACCCACAAAUGCACAAGGACUACGAAUAAAUAUAGGGCAUCCCUCAGAACCACAAAGACCAAGACAAGGAUUACCUUCUCCUCCAAUGGGAAGGCAUGUAGCUCCAGCUCCACAUUUAGCCCUCGUUCUAACUCCAGUUAAAGCUCCAGCUCCAACUCCAACUCCAGUUCGAGCUCCAGCUCCAGCUCUAACUCCAGCUCCAGCUCUAGUUCGAGCUCCACCUCCAACUCUAACUCCAGCUCGAGUUCCAGGUCCUCCAUCUCCACAUUCUUCAAUUGGCUCUAGCGAUGACGUUAAUGAUUAUUAUGACUUGAUGCAAUCCUCAACUUCUGCUUCUAGUCGGUACAGUUCAGAAGUUGAUAAAGAUUUCGGAAUGGGGUAA